AUGAAGGGAGUCGUUAUCCUACUAACCAUGUCUCUGUGUCUCACACUGUCUGGGACACAAGCACCUGACACCUGCUCUGUGGUUAGAGACCUGGCUGUCCUGAAGGAGAAACUAGAAGCUGUGGAGACCAGGCUACAGGCCAGCGAGAGGCAGGUGGAAGAACUGAAGAGUGUGAACAAAGCUCAAGAAGAAGAACUGAAAACAUUGAAGGACUUGGCAGCAGCGGGUCAGCUGAAGGUGGCCUUCUCCGCAGCUUUAAGAACUUCCGGUUCUGGGGACAUCGGGCCCUUCAACACGGACACAACCUUACAGUAUAAAAGAGUCUUCUCCAAUUUCGGCAGUGGAUACAACCCUGCCACGGGUGUCUUCACAGCCAUGGUUAAAGGGGUGUAUUUCUUCCGCUACACCAUGUUCUACAGCGGCAACGCCAACGCCGUUGUGAGUUUGCGGAAAAACGGACAGUUGAUUGUGUCCACGUGGGACACUGGGUCCGGAGAAGCACAAGAUUUUGCCAGCAACGCCGCCAUUGUAGAGCUGGAGGUGGGGGACAAUGUCUACGCCCAGUUAAGUGCCAACAGGCAGGUCUUUGAAGACGCCGGAAACUAUAACACGUUCAGUGGGUUUCUGCUCUUCACCCUCUAA